AUGAUUGAAUAUUCGGUUGCUCCAAAGGGGCGAUCCCGCCAGGAAGCUAGCGAAUCCCUCUUGCCGCCAGAUAUAGCGUGGAUAGAGGGCCGCUGUUUCUCUUUUUUCAGGAGCAUUGUUUCCGUUCUACUGAUCAUUGCAACAGGCGGUCUUUUCUUACUCUUUAUAAGGUGGUCUGUGAGGAUCUACACCCUUGCAUGGUUUAAAAUAUGCCCCUUAGAAUCAGCGACACGUAUACUUAUAGCAGCAAAGCCUUCCACUUCUCCAAUUUCAUCUUCAAAAAGGAUAUCAGCUAGAGUCUCAUAUACCCUACUUACAAUUGAGCAGAAGCCCACUUCCUCAUGGAAGUCUCUGACUCACCGAGGCGAUAGGUGUGUUUGGAAGAGCGAUCAAGAUGCUUUUGUUUGGACAGCAAAUCUCCUAGACAAUAAUGGAAUUUCUGGCUGCCCUUCAAACUUCUUGCCUAUUUCUGAAUUGAAUUCUAAUCUCCUUGGAGAAUUAAAACAUCCACUUCACGGAUUAAGUAAUGCCGAAGCGGCAGUGCUUUUAGACUGUUUUGGCCCAAAUACGAUUUCCAUGGCGCAACCGAUGCUUUUCUCGCUGAUUCUAAGCGAAGUCAUAAGCCCGCUUGUACUAUUUCAGAGUGCUUCAGUUGCCCUUUGGUGUUUGGAGAAUUAUUGGGCCUAUGCUUGUGCGAUCGCAUUUAUUACAGCUGUUUCUAUUAUCCUUUCCAUUCGAACGACAUUAUCCUCAAUGGCAUCAUUAUCAAAAUUGGCCAACGAUUCUGGAAUUCCUCCAUCCAUUUUCAUAAUCAGAGGUGAUGACCAAAGGCAAGGGUCAAUAAUGGGUCCGGUUUUAAUCCCUGCUUCGAUGAUUGUUCCUGGAGAUCUUAUUAUCCUUGAUCAUCAUGGUCAUGGCGAGUAUCCCAUUCAAACUCUCCCAUGCGAUGGGAUUUUAGUAAGGGGAGAGGCUCUUGUUGAUGAAUCUUUUCUUACUGGUGAGUCCAUACCGAUCACCAAAACCACGGCCAAUCUACAUGGCCAUGAUGGCUUUGAAAUGAUAGAAAAUUCAUCCCCAUCACUCAAACGACUGCAGCAAGGAAAUAUUGACAGAGCUUCACUCGUAUAUGGUGGGACUAGACUGCUGGAGGCUACCGGUGGGGCCAUGAUGCGAGCCACAGCUACUGGUUCGAUAUCCCUGCGCGGUCGUAUGCUCAAGGCGAUGCGCUAUCCGCCCCCAUUGCCCUCUGUUGACCAGCUUCAUAUAGAUGCCCUCAUAUUUAUGGGCGUUCUUGGUGCUAUUUCUAUCAUCGGCUUUGUUACAACAGUUGCUUUGCUGCCUUCCAAUUCCUUGGUUGCCUUGCUUGUUCGUGCUGGUGAUCUUAUAACGGUUGUAUUACCCCCAGCUCUGCCAGCAUCGCUGGCGCUGGGCACUGGAUUUGCCAUUCGUAGACUUGCACAACGCGGCAUCAUUUGUACUGCAGGCGUUAUGAAUUCUGGAGGCAGUGGGAAUACCAUUGGAUCCCCCAUAAACGUUGCAGGUAGGGUCCAAAUGGUGCUUUUUGACAAAACAGGCACUCUCACAGAAGAUUCUCUUGAUGUCCUUUGGGUUUCUGAAGCAAAGAAUUCCUCAAACCACUCUGGAGUGGUUAGGCUUAUGCAGGUUGGCUCUUCGCCGUCUUCUUCACGCAUCAGAGGUGCCUUGGCUACAUGCCACACACUACGAAUGCUCGGUGGGAAUCUUGUUGGGGAUCCUCUUGACGUUACCCUCUUUACGUGGAGCGGUUGGAAUAUGGAAUACAAUACCCACGGUCUGGCUCAGAUUGUCGUCACUAGUGGAAACCCCUCAAAACUACCAUCGCCUGGCGAUCAGGUUCGUCUAGCUGUUGUUAGAGCCUGGCCUUUUUGCCCACUUUUGCGACGCACCACGGUUAUUGUAAAGCGCAUAUCACCGAAUGCUAAUUCUGCUCAUUCUUCUGAACAGUCUCAUGCCCCGUCGUCGUCUCUUCAAGUUUUUGUCAAAGGGGCCCCAGAAUCUCUUCUCGCUCUUUGCGACCCUACAAGUGUCCCAGAAUCCUUCCUGGAGACCACGCUUCCCGCAUGGACACGUCGGGGCUAUCGCGUUAUUCUAUUUGCGGGAGGCAUGUUGCCCCUCUCCUCGUCUUCUUGGGUUGCUGCGCAGAGGCUUACUCGAGCACAGGCUGAAGAACCAAAGGGCCAGCUUCGCUUUCUUGGCGCUGUGGUGCUUGUGAACUCCGUUAAACGAGGCUCUUGGGAAACCAUUGCUAGACUGACAAAGGCUGGAUUGGCUGUGGGAAUGGCCACAGGCGACCAUGCCGUUACGGCAGCUGCUGUAGCUCAGCAGGUCGGAAUCAUUGCCUCGGAUGAUGACCAUAAUGAUGGAGUCAUCGACGCUAGGUCUAGACCGGUUGCCGUUCUCAGCGGCUCUGGUUUUUGGGUGAACGAACGAAACGAGGCAAUACGUCCCGUUAAUGACGAUAGCUUUGGGUGCGUAUCAAAAGGCUCUGGAUUCUCCUCUAUGCUUCUUCCCGUACCGCCGGGCUAUGUUCCCGUUGUUUCCGGGGGAGAUGCUCUUGCGGCUUAUUUGAAGGCUAUUGACAGCGAUCCGUCGCUCUCUCUUAUCGAUGGCCCGGUCCGUGUUUUUGCCCGUCUAUCUCCAGAUGACAAGCGGCUGUUGGUGGAGAGUAUGACUGCUACCGGGGCCGUGGUUGCCUUUUGUGGGGAUGGGGCCAACGAUGUAGCUGCGCUCCAAGUGGCCGACGUGGGCAUUUCCUUGUCUACAUCCACAGACUCGCUAGUGGCCCCGUUUUGCUCAACAGGCGAUGAUCCGCGCUGCGUACUCGAUGUGCUGAUUGAGGGUCGCGGCUCGCUUGGGGUCUCGUUUGCCUGUUUCCGGUUCAUGGCCCUGUAUUCGAUGAUCCAGUUUACGGUUGUUUCGCUCCUUUACACGUGGGGAAUGAAUCUCUCUGAUGGGCAGUUCAUUUGGCAAGAUCUUUUUGUAAUCUUACCGCUGGCUACUGCGAUAGCCAGAAUGCGUCCUGGAUCGGGGGGACUUUCGUCUGGCCGCCUGCCGGGCCGCCUGGUCGAUCCGAGUGUCUUGGUAGCCAUGCUUGUUCAAAUAGUUCUCCAGAUUUUGCUGCUUUUUCUGCUGUACGCGAUUUCCGUACGCAUUUUCCCACCGCACGCUCAAAUCCUGUCCGUUUGUGCCAGUGAUGAUCUCAGUGCAUUUGAAGGCAAUAUGCUGAACUCGUCUAUUUUUUUGUUCUCAAACUUUCAAUAUCUUUUGAUGGCCUUGAUUUUCGGGACCUGGCCGCCUUUCCAGGAGCCAGUUUAUGCAAACUUCCUGAUGGUUGGAUUGAUCCUUGCUUUGAUUGUUUGUAAUUUUUCGAUACUGCUCUCUUGCGAGACCAGUCUGAUGUCGACACUGUUUGGCACCGUUGAUCUUCCUUCCGUCUUUCGCAUUGGCGUGAUUUCCGGGCUGAUCGUCCUAGACGUGGCAUUGUCGAUUUUCUUGGAUUCCCUGAUCACUCCGAUGAUUAUCUCUCUUUUUCAUCGUAAAAAGAAGCGAAAUGAUAAGCUGUCCGCGAUAACUGUUAGCUAG